AUGGCUUUUAACUUGGUGCAAUCUCACUCGGGAGCCGAGCUAGGGCCGGAACUAUCCGAUGUCUUUACAGAUGAAGUCGGCUUCAGAGGCCUCUCCGGCGAUGCAAAUAUACGUUUCUUACCUACCCCUUGGCCCGAAGAUGCUCUUCCAUCCCCAACCUCUUCUCUCCUAGCUGUCGCCCAAAGCAAAGGAAUUGUUGUUGGUGCCGGCCCAGACGCGCUUGUGAUCGCAAGUACCGAAUAUGUCAGGAAAUCUAUCGAGGCACCGGCAGGAGAGGACAUGGAUAAAACAAAACCUUUCCAACCACAAAUCACUAUUCCUCUUCCUGCGCGACCUACGCACGUUGCAUUUACUGCGAACGAUGAUGCUCUUAUUCUAGCAACGGAAAACGGCUCCCAAUUAUCCGUUUUCCAAACAUCCGAUAUCAUGCAAGGGAAUGCGCAACCAGCCAUAUCAAUUCCUACAAAUGGCGCAUCCAUUCGGGCACUUGCGCCCAACCCAGACCCCAACUCGACUUUUGUUGCUCUUGUCACUGCCAAUGGCGAGCUACUGGUCGCGGACUUGAAAGCUGGAAAUCUCGUUUCGGGUGCCAAUGGCCCAAUUCUUAGAAACGGGGUUAGCAGCGUGGCAUGGAGCAAUAAGGGAAAACAGCUUGUGGCUGGAUUGGUAGACGGAACAGCGGAUCAGAUGACUGCUGACGGGACAAAGAAGGAUACAGUUCCUCGUCCAGCGGACCUUGAAAAUGAUUGCCAUGUUUCUUCUGUUUCAUGGCUCGAGAACGACAUAUUUUUCAUGGUAUACACCCCAAAUGCACCGGACGACGGCAAUGGACAAAACCCAGCAUCUUUCUACUACAUAAUCACGAGACGAAAACAGGCACCUUUCCUUAUUCAGAAGCUGCCUGAAAUAUGCUCCACAAUGGGGUUCGCGAUGAAGCGCUCGCCGGCCUUUAACUUCACUGUGCGACUGCGAGACUAUAAGCCUGGCUUGAAGGACGUACUGAUCGUUUCAUCGACUGCGUCCACUGACGUUGGACUUAUCACCCGGUCUGAACAGCCCCUAGGAAGCGACGACGCCUCGAGGGCCCUAGUGGGUCAAUUCGCGACCACUGAGGUGAAUGAUGAUGCCAAGAGAGCAUCAGUCCCAUUGAAGGAUUCCGUUGAUGAGACUUCUGUAAUUGGUCUAGCUGCAGACUUAACUUGCGCCGAUACUGUCGUUGCACCCAUUCCGGGAGAGGAUAUCUCAGAAAGUUCAACGCCUCUGCCUGGUCUUCUUCUUCUCAACAAUGACGGUAUCCUCUCAUACUGGUGGUUUGUUUAUUCUGAUGCCAUUCGUCAGAAAUUGCCAUAUCCUGGUCUAGUUUCGGUUUCCCAAUCAUCUCUCGCAGGCUCUCAAAUCCAGCCCCCUGCUGCCACUCCUGCACCCGCCUUGACGCAACAGCAACCUGCUUUUGGACAGUCUUCCUUCGGGUCCCCAUCAGCUAUGGGCUCAUCUGCCUUUGGCAAACCAUCUGGUGGUGCUUCUUUUAGCAGCCCAUCUCCUAUGGGCUCAUCUACUAUGGGGGCAACUGCAUUCGGAAAGCCAGCAUUUGGGAGCCCUUCUCAAAUGAGUGGUGGAUCGACCCCGGCUUUCGGUAAGCCUUCGUUCGGAACUCCUUCUCAACCUGGUGUUGGUUUUGGCACUACGAGCACACCGGGCCAGGCGCAAUUUGGCAAGUCUGGAUUCGCCGCUGCAAGUCCCGCAGCGAGUCCUUUCGGACAGCCCAAUAACACAGGAAAGUCACUUCUCGGAACUGGAUCUGGCUCCACAGGCGGCGGGUUCGGUGCGUUCUCUGGUGGGGGAGGAGGUGGAUUCGGUGGCCUUGCAGCAUCUAGUACCACUGAAUCGCCGUUUGGUAAGCCUACGGGGCAGAGCACCUUUGCUGCUGCGCCGGGAUCUUCGCCGUUUGGAGCUAAACCACAAUCAGGGACAGCAUUCCCUCCCCCUUCCAACGAGGUUAAGAAUCCAUUUGGCGGCGGUGGAGCCGCUGGCUUCAAACUCGGUUCCUCCUUUAAACCAGAUGGAACAGCUUCUACUGAUAUUCCCAAGUCUGAUAUCAAAUCUUCAGGGGCGUUCUCUUUUGGUGGUGCUUUCGAUGAAAUGGUUUCAACGUCUGACAGAACAAGCCCAAAGACAGAGUCUAUGGAUGACGUAGAAGACUCUACUGCUGAGGCUGCACCGCCAGUGAAUACCGAACCAGUUUCAAUGUUCGGUAAGCCGACUCCUGCAACUAGUACUUCUUUGUUUGGAAAGCCGACUACCAGCACCACAUCACCUUUCGGAAAGCCAGCACCUACCACUACUUCGCCAUUCGGAAAGCCAAUAACCACAACCGGCACAUCAUUAUUCGGCAAGCAACCACCUGCAAGUGAGCCCACGCCUCAACCUUCAAGCCCAUUCGAGAAGCCACAGCCAAGCCUUUCCAUGUUUGGGAAAAAUACGACCGCUCAGGGAACUUCUCAGUUCUCGUCCCAACCUCAGAUCACAAGCCCUUUGUCGGCGCUUUCUGACAAAACUGCUACACCAAAACGAGAGCAGUCUGGCUCUACGCCCACUUUCUCGUCAUUCGAUACACCGCUUCCCCCCGACCCUACCAGUAGGGAUAGUUACGCUCCUGGUGAUACAUCGGCGUCCUCAAAUGUAUCUAAGAGCUCUGUUGAGGAUGCGCCGCUCCCUCCAGAUUUCCUGUCUCAGAAGAAAUCUUCUAAGGCCGAGGAAGCACCACUUCCACCGGAUUUCCUAUCUCAGAAGAAGUCUUCUAUCAAGGCCGAGGAAGCGCCGCUUCCACCGGAUUUCUUCCAAUCAAAGCCUAAAUCUGCAGUCUUGGAGGAUAAUGUGCCUGUUCCCGAAUCAGAUGUGGAUUCGGAGGAAGAUGCAGAUGAAGACGAGGAAGAAGACGGGGGCGAAGAUGAGGAGGAGGAAGAGGAGGAGGAAGAGGAGGAGGAAGAGGACGAUGAUCAAUCCGACUUCAGCGAUAGUGGCGAGGAGAUUACGCACGAUGAGACGAAAAUGCCAACCCCAAAGCACUCGGCCCAGAGCUCCUUUGGAGGUUUUUCUGACAAGAGCUCUCCUGGGGGCUUCUUUGGAGGAAAUUUCAUGAAGGGUGUUCCAAAGCAAGGCCAUGCUGCAAGCACCUUGUUUGGUGAAAUUUCCAAGCAACCCCAUCUUCCACCCCCCGGACGCGCAGCACAAAGUGCGCGCGAGCCAUAUCGGUCGCCAAGCCCCACCCGUACCAAGCCGCAGAAGAGCACUUUGUUCAAAACCCGAACAGAGAAGCCAGCUGGAAGCACACUACAUGCUCGUAAGACUUCCUUGACACAGGUCGCCGAACGGCGCGGUGAUCGUUUAAGAAAAGUCAGUGAUACUGCUCAAGAAGAACAGACCCGUGCUCGCCAGGCUGCGCAACAACGCCAAGAAGAAGAAGAAGCUCUGUCCCUUUCUGAAGAUGAUGAGGACGAGAGACUUCGUGCGGACCUUGCUCGCCCAGUUGAACCUGUUUCUACACUUGACCCAUUCUUACCUCACCAGAACUACAUGGGCGAGACGGCCAAGCCAGGUAUUCCGGGGAUGGUUGAACGACUCUACCGCGAUAUCAACUCCAUGGUCGAUACUCUGGGUAUCAAUUCGCGUUCAAUGGAGGCAUAUCUCCUAUAUCAGCAAGGCUCUCAGGCUUCAGGCGUCAACAAGUUAGUUGACAUCCUCCAAAGUGAGCAGCCCGCCGAUGUCCUCGAUGAAAAGCUGUUUUUGCGAGAUAUCAGCAAACUUGAGGAGGUCGUCGGUGAUCUUGCUCGCUCUCUUGAUGCGCAACGUGUGCAGGGGGUGGAGGAGAAACUCAAUCAAUGUCGCGACUUGCUGACCAAAGAUAUUGUGACUCUUCGCGGCCAAUGUGCUAGUAUUCGCAAGACCUUAGAUGCGCACACAGACACCGGUGCCAUUCUCGCAGCACCUCUUUCUGCGGAACAUGCCGCUCUGCAGCAUGAUCUCCGGACUACUUUUACAAACGUGCAAAGUAAGAUGGCAGAACUGGAGCAAGGCGUCUCCUUAUUGCGAGCUAAGAUUGCCGACGUCCCUCGUACCGAUGGCGAUUCACGGCAGUUGAAGCGACCAACAGUGGAGGCUGUUACCAAAACCAUCGCUACUAUGAUGAGUAUGGCUGAGAACAAGAGCAGUGAUAUCGAUGUUCUAGAAGCUCAGAUGCGGAAGCUCGGUAUUGACAUGACAAGCACUGGCCCCAGCAGCCGUGAAGGAUCACCGUACACCACCCCCCGUAAGAAUGUCGGUCGUUUCCCAACCACCCCUGGCUCUCGUGGCUCUGUCGACAACAGCGCCUAUCACACACCUGAUUCCGCUUCUCGCGGCGUUAGCUUCCGGGCUAGCAUCAAUGGCUCUGCCAGACAGAGCCGCCUUCGCAGUGUUGAGACCUUCGCGCCCGCGGUUGCACAGGAGGAGAAUGCUCGCUGGAGAGUCAAGACGCAACGGCGUCAACAGCUUGUUGGCAACCUGAAGGCGGCCAUCGAAAAGAAAGAGAUCCAUGUUCGGAGUGUUGAUGAAUUCUAG